UCGGCAUUAAGACAUAUAGUACAUAGUGUUGCAUUAUUAUUAUUAUUUCUAGCUUGGAAGAGAGAUGGCUGCUUAUAGUUAUGCACUUCAAGUGAACAAAUGCUCUUUGCAAAGGCCUUCACUUCCACACAAAAUUGAGCAUUUCAGUAACCCACUCUCAACUAGUUUCAAGCCAUUAUUGAGGGACUUGGAUCAGUUUCCAAAUAUUUCCGUGGACGUUACAAAAGCUAUCAAGGAGACUUCUUGCAAAUUAUUGGACGCUUUUGUUGACUUCAUAUUUGAAUUCGCUGACCAACCAUUACUCCCGUCUCAGCGUAAUUUUGCACCAGUGGAAGAGAUCGGAGAAUCUACAUUGUCAGUAACUAGAGUUGAAGGAACGAUUCCGGAUGAUUUUCCAGAGGGNUAUAUAUAUAUCUUUGUACGGAUUGACAAUAUGCCAUUUAGGGAAAAAGUAAUAAAAAAGGAAAAAGAUGAAAAAAGAAAGUUUAAUCCCAGACUUCUGCUGUAG